AGCGACAGAUAAAAACCUUACCGUGUUUGUUUAGGUAUGUAUGUCAUAACAUUAGUUUUAAGGCAUCUACCUAAAUGAUAAAUUUUGAGAUGCAGUAGCGUUUGUUAAACAAAAUGAUCAUAUCAACAUAUCAUUGCAGUUCUGACGCUUUCAUCAACCGUAAGGCUUACGUGUUUCAUUCCGAUUCGGUGGAUAACGUAUAUGAACGGGAAACGUGCUCAUCUAACGAAGGGACAAAAAACACACGGUACAAAGCGCGUCAAUAAAUGCUAUAACCGAUGUAAUCCACUAGCAAUGAUUCACGCUUUAUCCUUACGGAAUUGGAUGGUCUAUUUAUGCUUGGCCUGCAAAAUCGCUCGAAGAAAGGAUACGUAUUGUGUGAAAUCGAACAGCUGAUCGAAAGGUACAAUAGCAAUCAAGACACUUGUCCGUAUUCUGUCGGAUAGAUUGGUGAAGCCAUGCGUGCUGUUAGCCGCUAUAAGAGAUGUUAUCUUCGGAAGGGAUCGAAAAUAUUCAAGUGUUGCUCUAUCUUGCAGAAUUUUUUUCAAUAGAGUUUUUUUGCCACGGCACGAUUGCAUCAUUAAAAAUCUCGUCAUAUCUUCUAUUGCUUGAGGCUUACAAAGAAAAAUAAUCUCACCACGACACAGCCAAGGCAAACCAAAAAUAAAUAUUCGAGAUAGUACAAAAUGUAUUUUUAAAUAUUUUACCCACUAUUCGGUGCACACGUUCGAAGCUGUUCGUAAACAAACGCCUGGGCGGAUCAGUAGUUAUUUCAUACUUGACCUGUACAUAUUAAGUUGCAUGAACGCCAGCCAACAUCGAACAGGAAUGGAUCGAAUCAGUCUCAGCUUGAACGGAAUUUGUCGCUUCUGUCUAGGAAACAGUGAACAACUUUAUCUGCUAUUUGGUCUUCACAAGGAUGCAGCGACAGUGAUUGAAAACGUUCGGCUAGUAACGACUAUUGAGCUAUCCACAACCGACAACAUCGAUUACAAAAUCUGCGCGAAAUGUUGCACCGAAUAUGAGCAAUGUUUGAACUUUCGCCACAAAUGCAGGGAAGCAAAUGAACAGCUAGUGAAAGCUUUGCGAUCUAGAAUCUGCCAUAAGUCACCUUUUACGGAUGAAAUUGAAAUAGUAUCUCAGUUGAACGUACCCGGUAUCGAUCAACUGUUUGACCCAGACACUGACCCUACGGCCACAAAUUCAGUCCACUUUGAACUGGAUGGAAUGGAUCCUGUUUCACCACCUUUGCUAGAAUGUUCCUCCUGGUCGGAACCGUUUUGGGGCGGUGACCCUUAUGAAACACAGGACAAGUUUCUGCCCUCGUCUUCGUCAGCAGCCACUGGACAAAACUCCAAUCCAAUUAACGCCUUCGAACUGUCAUGCAACAAAAUAGGCCGAUCGAAAUACUACUGCAAAAUUUGCGAAAAACAUUUCUUCCAACGAAAUGUACAUUUGCAACACCACCGACGGUACAGCAAAAUGUGCUUCCAGUGCCUGGACGAGAAACUGAUCGGAAUCUAUCGGAAGGAGCUGGCCACCGUUCGACACACCUGUCGCAUCUGUCUAUCGCCGAAGGAAAGCUGUGCCGAGUUCCUACAGCACACCAUCGGUCACCAUGCUGAGGAGCAUCGGGCGCGGGACUCCUACAAGUGUGACCAGUGCGACAAAGUGUUCAUGCUGCGGAGUGAAACUGGCCGUGGAAGAAUUCACAGCUGUGUCCGAAAGUUGCGCUGUCCGCAUUGCCCGCAGGUUUUUUACUACGCGAAAAGUUACCAAAAGCAUCUCCGAUUGUACCACAACGUCAUCAACACGGAACCCAAAGAGGCUUCCGAAACACGGGUGACAACCCGCCUACAAUCCGAAGUUGAUUCUUCUUUGUCCGCUAUCCAGUGAAAAGUGGUUUGAGCCAUAAUUAGGUUACUGUUAAUGGGAAUGUGAUUGGACGAAAGUGGGUAUCUAUAAUAACAAUUAUUUUUCAGUGGAAGGGUUUUCGAUUGGAGAAGAGAACGAAAAGAAAAAGGACCGAAAUGGAAUACGGGUUUCUCAAGGAUGCUAUUGUAUAGCUAAUCGAUUGGAAGGUUAACCAUUUGCCAAAAGAGAAAGUUUUUUCUUGUGUAUCGGGUGGCCUUUCUAAGCCGUACGAAAAUAAAACCACCGAAACGUGUAGUUGAAAAGGAUAUAAUCGUAAUUGAGUUUUGCAAUUUCCAAUCAAUGACGUCAAUGACGAUGCUCGCUCAAGUGAAUGUAGAAUAACAAUUUAAUAGAUAGUCCGAAAAAUAGAUUGAUUGCCAUCAAUGCAAACCACUCUCGCAGAUUUCAGUAAAACAAUGUGAGUUUACUGGAUAUAAUAAGUUUUUAUAAAAAAUAUAUUACAUUUUUCCGAUAAAAUACGCUAAUAAAAUGAAAUCACGAAGCAAAAUUAGGUCGCCCAGCCAAUAUUCGAAAAAUCGUCUAUAGUAUCACACAUUU